UUAGAGGUCAGGUUAAUUGAGUUAUUACGAGGCUAUGGUCCGGUGUGCAUUGAAUCUUGAACAUUGCGCGUUUGGCUGUCCCCGAACGAGCACGCUAGUGCCGCGCCGUUACGCAACCCUGGCCAAGCGCGAGUCGCACUGGCUCUUAUAGAUCAAUAAAUCCUUAUUUCAUUGUAGUUUUGUGCAUAAACAACUCAACGGAGUGAUAUAUCAGAAUGUUUUGUGAGCGUUGAUGUUUAAUUAGAGAAUUAUACAAAUUUUCACGAUGACUGCAAACGUUUUACGAAAUCUGCCAGUAGUGUUUGUUUCAUUACUUACAGUCAUAGGAGGCACUCAAGACAUAACGCGAGUGAAGCGGCUGCGUGCAGACAGCGCGGCGGUGCCCGAACCGGCGCAAGCGUUGGACGCGCCAGAGCCAGAGCCCAACACCGCGCCAGCGCCCACCGCCUUCAUACACCCGUCGGUUAAGGAGUACCUCGAGCUUGGGAUGGCGAUACCUGGCAAACCGGGCACAGACUACCCAAUACUGGGAGCAGUACCAUACACCAACUUCUAUUGUGACGAGCAGGCAUACCCAGGCUUCUUUGCUGAUAUGGACACACGAUGCCAAGCAUGGCACUACUGCGACAUAGACGGUCGCCAAGCUUCGUUCCUGUGCCCCAAUGGCACGAUAUUCUCCCAGGGCGUCGCGUCGUGUGACUGGUGGUUCAACGUGCGAUGUUCCCUGUCUCCCGCGCUCUAUCCUCUCAACGCGAGGCUCUACCGACGAAGGAAGAAGCAGAACAGACCACAACCUCACAGAGUCAUAGAUAAGAAACUGAUUGACGAAAUAUUCUUGUAAGAAAACCUGUUUAGAGAUCUCUUGUUUAAAUUUCCUUGUUGUGUUAAAUUUGUUUUAAUACCCAUAUGUCAUCCUAAACCUUUACAAUUUCUGCAGAUAAAAACAUGUGAUUAUAGUAUAUAAUUAUAUAAAAAUAUGUAAGUAUAGUUUGGUUUCUUCAUCUACAUUAUAUCGUAUCGUAUAAUAUAAUAUUUCUACUUAAAAUCCAAAUCCCAUAUACAUAUAUAUUCAUCAAAACACGAUAAACGAAAUAACAAACAUACCUAUUGAGUUACCAACAAAUGUAAUAUGGGUUUUGUUUCUCUAUCUGUCUACAUGUGCUUACGUUGAUUGCGUAGAUGACGGAGAAUCAAUUAUACUUAAGCGGUUUUUGUUCAUGUAAAACGUAGAUAUUACGAGGUCAAAACAUGGUUUUGUAAUAUUUAAAUAUGUAUUUGUAUAUUACUGUUUUUUUCAAUUCAUUAUUUGAAAAAUUUUACUUUGAAACUUUUUGGUUAAAACAUCUAUUAAGUAAUUCUGAAAAAUUAUAUAUCAAAUUCCUUCUCCCACCGCGCGUUGAUAUAUUUCGAUGUAACUUUAACAGUUUAAGCGACCUUUGUCCGGUAGUAUGUAAGUACAUGCUAAAUUAAUCUCUAAAACACUUAAGAAUAAAAAAAAAACUCAAAGACAAAGCUAUAGGCCUUGCUCUGGGUUAUAUUAUAUUAUGCUCUUUCCGACGUUUCAAUUAUGUUGCUGCGACGUAUCAAUUGUGUAUUUACAGUCUUGUAAUUGUGUCCUUAUCUAGUUUAUACAAUACUUGGGAUCGGUAGAACUUCUGCUAUUAUUAUUGAAUAGAAUUGUAUUAUAUGUUUUAAACAUACUGACAUGUACCUAACUAUUACAAUUGCGUCCCAGGAGCAUUGGCGUUGCGUAUCAUUUAUACUCAACAAGACAUAUUUCGCUUUAAAUAUUGCCUCAACAGCGUCAAUUGUAUCGUACUAAACUAUACUGUUAUACGAUCCAAUGAUCAAAUUUUUUUUAUUUUUCCCUACUAUUUUAUGGAACGACCAUUAUAUGUAUUAAUUAUAUAAUGUAUAUAUAUAUAUAUAUAUCCAUCUACUAUGUAUGUAUAUACAUCUACUAUAUUUUAUUAUAUACUUUAUGUUAUUAUUUCUACUAACUAUGUAUUAAAACUAUAAAACCUCUCUCUACAUGUUGUACUUAGUCAUAAUUAUCGAAAUAAGUAAGUUACCUCUUUUUGAGAAUGAUAACACUCUGUUAUUAAUUGAUAAAAUCCUUGUCAGUAUGCUUUUUGUAAAUAUAGUUAAAACCUUAAAGUACUUCUGUAGCAUUAAAUACAAAAAAUGUAUGUCAUAUACGAGUAUGUAAUAAAAAUAUGUGUUAUACUCUC